ACUACUGUAAUGGAGGAUUUACAUUAACGUCCAAACAUGUCGGUAGCUAAGGACCCUAGAAAAUACGAUCUGCUAUUGGAUAUCGAAAUGUCGAGCGCCAGGAAAUGUCUUUUUUCGUGGUGAUGUAGAUAUCGUUAAUUUUAUUCGUUUUGUACAGUUGGCAGUAAAGUUCAACGAACAACGGACAGUAACUGAUUUGAAAAUUGAUGCCAUUUAUUUUGUGUCGAUUAUUUUCGUUUAAUAAUAAUGUGUUGUAACUUUUAUUUAAUAAAAAUCGACAGAAACAGUUAUUGAAAUAAUUAGUUCUGUGAAUGAGGAAAUAACUAAAAAUGGCAUCUAAUUGCAACAUGAGGGACUUUGUGAGUGACUCACAAAACUUUAUAUUACGACUCUCUGGAGAUUCUAUUAUUGAAGAUACACAAGAUCUUGUUGCAAUCAGUAAGAUAAAAGAUAAGGAUAAUAUUAUUGUGAUUAGUGAUUCUAGUUGUAGCUCAUCGCCUGAGUAUAAUGACAAAUCAAAAUGGAAAUUCAAUUCUGAUAAGAAUAAGAAAGAAAAGUACCAGAGAUUAUAUUUUCUGAAUACUUCUUCCUCAGAAAGUGAACAAGAAAAAUCUAAUUUGCCAUACAAAUGGGUUGUUAGAUCUAACAAUAAAUCUCCAGAUAGGAAAUAUAUAAAUAAAACUACAAUACAAAUUAAUAAGGUAUCUUAUACUUCUGACGAAACUGCUAGCAAUGGCAGUAUAAAUCAUGACAGAAAGGACCAAAUAAAUAAAUAUGAUAAAAAAUCCUAUGAAAGUCCUAUAUUAAUGUUUCCAGAGAAAAAAAAGACAGAUUCAAAAAUGAAACAAAAGUACAAUGUUAAAAAGGCAAAUGAAGUAAUUAAGUCAAAUCAUGCUAUCUAUAGUGAUAGUUCCAAUGUUUCUAGCAGAAUAAAUAAAUUUCCAGCUUGUGAUACUCCACAACAAAAUAAAAUAGGAAAAAUCAAACUCACAAAGCAAGAUACUCACAAAAUUUUGAGAAAUAUAAAGUCCACGCAGGUUGUGUAUGAUUCUCCCAGAGAGAAAAAAGAAAUCAAUGUAAUAAUUGAUGAGAGCACAGAUGAAGAUGUAAUGCAUCCAGCUAUAUCAGCUAGUUAUAAUGAAAAAAUAAAGCACAAUCUCAAUGAUACUCUUGAUGUUAUUGAUACAAGUCUUAAGGAUGAUAUUGUUAAUUCACAAAUGGAUUUGUUGAAACCAUACAAAACGUACAGUAAAUUUCUCGACAUACUAAGGAAAAAGGACCUUCAUGAAUCUUUAUCUGAAAAGAAGAAAAGACAAAUUGUAGAGUGGUUGACAAAUUCGCCUGAUGUUCUAAGCGAUAGCUCUUGCAGUAAUAUACCUAUGAGUAUUAGAAAUAGCAUAGAUUCUGGAAAUAGCAGUCUAGAAAGAUUAGAACUGAACUAUGAAACUCCAAAUAAUAGAGGAAGAAUCAACAAAAUACAGACUGACAAGAAGCAAACCACAAUUGUUAAUUCUGACAAAGUGAUUAAUUCAUUCUUGACGCAUCAAACUACAAUUGAUAAAUAUUUUAAAAACUCUAACAAUGAUAUUCCUAAGUUUUGUACACCAACUAGACCAAAAUCUUUGCUGAAAGUGCAUACUGACAAAAAAGUUUCUUCCUCAGUAGUAAAUACACCUGAAAAGACAGAUAUAAUGAACUGUGUAGAUAUUUUAGAUAAACUUUAUGGUAAUUCGUGGAGAGAUAAAGCUAAUGCAUUAUUACCGACAACUGAACCACGAAAGACAUCUAAUCAAGCAACAAAUAGAAUUAUCCAAACAGAACGGAAACCUACAUCAAAGGAUAAAUAUUAUAUAACAGAUUCGGAUUCAGAUAAAUCUGACUUUGUUAAAAAUAAUGUUAAAUUAAAUCGAAGGAAUAUUCAACAAAAACAAAAAGAAGUAGACAGUUUUAUUAAUGAUGAAUCGUUAUCAAGUAGUGAUAGCGAGAGUUUAUAUCACACUGCAUUAACAAAUCCUAGAACUUCUACAAAUAGUACGACAUCUAAACCUAUGCCAGUACCAGCUUCAAUUAAAAGACUUCAAGUAAUAUGUGAUACCGAUACUGAGGAUGAAAAUGAUAAAUUUAGCAAUUCCAAGAAAAAUCUAGACAGAAGAAGAUUAUCAUUUAGCGAUGAUGAAAGUUCUAACACAAGUGAAUUUGAUCCCGGAGAUUAUGUACCACCAAAAAAUAUAUGUAAAAAAGAAGUUAUUAAGGCCCCUUUACAAUCCAAAUGUAAAUCAAUUGCAACAGAUAAAUCUGUAGGAUACAAAAGCUUUUUGACAUCUUUGUCAAGUACGAUUCCGAUAAAUAACAUUCAUCCAGAUGCAAAAAAAUAUAUAUUGAAUUAUAAAAAUAAUAAGGAAGAAUUAUGUAAAGAAUUGUAUAAAUUGUACAAUGAGAAAGUAUUCGACAACCAGUUGCCUCAAGAUAUGCCAAUUGAAUGGAGCAUUCGUCUGACAGGAACUGCUGGAUACUGUUCCAGCAAGAAAAUUGUAAAAACUCUUAGUGGUGUCAUUAGAUAUUCAAGAAUUGUAUUAGCAACAAAGGUUUUGGAUACACCAGAGAGAUUAAGAGAUACUUUGAUUCAUGAAAUGUGUCAUGCUGCAGCUUGGCUAAUAAAUAAUGUUAAGGAUUGUCAUGGGCCCUGUUGGAGAAAUUGGGCUCAUAAAGCAAUGAAGACAUUUCCUGAAUUGCCACCAAUUACUGUAUGUCAUAAUUACCAAAUUAAAACUAAAUAUACAUAUCGAUGCACAGGUUGUGGAUACAGUAUUGGAAGACACUCAAAAUCCUUGGAUAUUGAAAGAAAAAGGUGUGGCCGUUGUUUGGGAAAGUUUGAAUUGUUAAUUAAUAAAACGACUAAAUCUGGCAUUAAGCAAAUGCAAACUCCAAAGAGAGAACCUUCUGGUUUCGCACUUUACGUGAAGCAGAAUUAUAAUUCAGUGAAAAAAGAGAAAAAUAAUAUAAAACAUGCUGAUGUGAUGAAGAUUUUAGGUCAGCAAUUUUCGGCAAUUAAAAUAGCAAAGAAUGAUAAUAUACCUAGCAAUUAAGAAUGAUAUUUAGAUGCCUGGUUGAAUAUCGAAUUUAUACAAUCAAAUAUUUUAUGAUCACUUUCAGAAAUUGGAUAUAAUUGUCAGUUUUAUAGCAUAUAAUAGGAUUUUUAAUAGAUAUAUUUAACAGAUUUUACUAAGUUGGCAAGUUGUAUAUAUUUAGAUCUCUGUAAUUCUGCAUGAUACGUAGUUACAGAGAUUAUAAAUGUAUGCAAUUACGAUGUAUAUAUAUACAAUUAUAUUUUAAAACUGAUAUACUACUUACUAUAUUACAGGAACUUGAGAGAAUAUGAAAUAUUUUAUACAUAUAAUAUAGAUAAUAUUUAAAGACGCAUACAAGUAUUUUUUUAUAUUUAUGAUAACAUUAAAUGUCAUAACUAAGACUUGUAGCAGUGUUUAUAAUAAAGUGCAUCUAAGAAUUUUCU